CAUCGCGACAGAUAAAAAGGGAGCUGGUGGCUGGAUGUUUUUUCUUUAGCUCAGUCCAUUCGUGUUUUCUUUAGCUCGGUCCAUUCGUGUUUUCUUUAGCUCAGUCCAUUCGUGUUUUCUUUAGCUCAGUCCAUUCGUGUUUUCUUAAGCUCAGUCCAUUCGUGUUUUCUUUAGCUCAGUCCAUUCGUGUUUUCUGUAGCUCAGUCCAUUCGUGUUUUCUUUAGCUCAGUCCAUUCGUGUUUUCUUUAGCUCAGUCCAUUCGUGUUUUCUUUAGCUCAGUCCAUCGUGUUUUCUUUAGCUCAGUCCAUCGUGUUUUCUUUAGCUCAGUCCAUUCGUGUUUUCUUUAGCUCAGUCCAUCGUGUUUUCUUUAGCUCAGUCCAUUCGUGUUUUCUUUAGCUCAGUCCAUCGUGUUUUCUUUAGCUCAGUCCAUUCGUGUUUUCUUUAGCUCAGUCCAUUCGUGUUUUCUUUAGCUCAGUCCAUUUGUGUUUUCUUAAGCUCAAUCCAUUCGUGUUUUCUCAAGUGUGUAGUUGCUGCUGGUGUUUUCACAGGAUCUACCUGAGGCACCACGUGACACGGGUGUUAUUAUGUGACAGUCGUUGGUGGCGGUUCAUUGAAGAAAUAUUUCAGGAAACUUUUAACCAAGGCCGUUGUGGUGAUAUGUGGUGACGUCUGUAUGUCGUGACGUCUGUGUGUCGUGACGUCUGUAUGUCGUGAAACAACAAUGUGGAAACUUGGAGGCGUGGCCCUGCUCGUGUUGCUUACAUGCAACUUUCCCCAGGUUGCAGGAGGCGACGAACUUCAGGAUGAAACCAGACUCGCUGGCUCCAGCAAGGUCAAAGUUCAAGAGAAAUUGUCGAAAAAGAAAGUCCGGUUCACGGUUCGUCUCCGGCUUCCGGCUCGAAAGGUCGAUGACCUUCUGGGCGAUAAGAGCGGAGCUCAGUACCAGGAGUUGUCACGUGUGCUGGCACGUGACAUAGAGCAACUGUAUGCGGACAUUCCCGGGGAACACAAGGUCUACAACCUUAAGCUCAGCACACAGGACAAGAGACAUCGGGCGGCCAAUGAGAUGCGAGACCAACACGCCACCCCCAGCACAUAUACACAACCUCGGUUGUUGCUGACGUCAUCCUCGUCUGCCCCACCCGUCCCCUCAACCUCAAGGUCACCCGAUAACAAAAGGUCACCGGAUGCUCAAAGCAAAAAUCGUGCUAGAAAACGGAAGAAGCAAUCGACUACAAAAGGCAAGAAAGUUAAACUGCAGCAUGGCUCAAAGAUAUCUUCACCAGUGGCAAGUACAGCACAGUCCACAGUGCCAGUAUCCGCUGCAGUGUCAUCAAUGUCAAGGUCUGACCUGCUGAUGACGUCAUCAGUCCCACCACGUGACCGCAAGUUUGACGUCACGAGACUGACGUCACUGUUCAAAAACUGUUUGACACUCCAGACUGGCAGCAACGAUUACAUCAUACCAUUACAUGCUUACAUAAGUGCUUACAAUGAGCUGCUUGGAAUUUUCACCAUUUUCGGCCCAAUAUUUUCAUUCGCUGGCGAUGACAUCCGGAGUAAACUGGUCAUCCUCAACCGGCUCAGGGCAGCAGACUCCCAUGGCAAGCAGAGCAAGUACGAAUCCCUACAAAGUAUGUUCGAAUACGAAUACUCUCCUGCAGGGGCCACGGCCGACACUGAGGGUGUUAGUGCCACUAGGUGGCUCCACCGUGCCAUGACCUUUAUCCUGGAGGUCAUCAACGGCCUCCGUGAUGAGACCAGUGAUGAGUCCAUGAGCUCCAAGGCCAAGGUCGCCUACGACGAGGUACUGGCGCCCCACCACGAGUGGUAUGUCAAGGUCGGCGUGCAUAUCGCCCUGCUGAGUUUCCCGAGCCGCGCGAGUCUCCUGGAGAAGAUGGGUGUGCCAGACGACCAGACAGGUCAGCAGAUGCUGGGAGACUUGUACAGCGUCAUGGAGGCUGUCCAUCAGGACAUCCACAAGCUGUAUGCAGCAUAUGCCCAGAAGACUGCAGCACAGUAGGGGCAAAUGUCUUCACAUUAUACGCGCAUAUGUCUUCACAUUAUACGGGCAUAUGUCUUCACAUUAUACGGGCAUAUGUCUUCACAUUAUACGGGCAUAUGUCUUCACAUUAUACGGGCAUAUGUCUUCACAUUAUACGGGCAUAUUACACAAGACAAUUAAGUUGGCCCAAAAAAAAUAUUUUCAGUCCAUCGAGCAUGACGCACUUUUUCCUUCCACAUUUUUAGAGCACCGUUAGAACACCAUUAGAACACAUAACACCAUUAGAACACACAACACCAGUAAUACACACAACACCAUUAGAAUGCCAUAGAACACACAAUGUAAUUAGACUAUAAUUAGACCAACAUUAAAAAGAUGUCAUAUGAACUUCUCCAACUAAAUUAUACAUUUAAACGCAGCAGUUGAACCAACAUUUGAACUGUCACAAAGUGACGUUGAUAAACUGUGACCCAACAAUCCACCAGCUGUAACCCAACAACCCACCAGCUGUGACCUCAUAUGCCACCAGCUGUGACCCAACAACCCACCAGCUGUGACCCAACAACCCACCAGCUGUGACUUGAUGUGACCUGAUGUGGCCCAGAACACAAGAUCUAGUGUAACUCAAGCAUGCUGUACCAUCUAUUCAUGCAGGUCCGAAUUAUUUAUCCCUUCCCAUGUUUGCAGGGAAAUGGCCAGUCUAAAAUAAACUCCAAAAACUUCUGAA